CUGGCUGCGACGCUGGCCGCCGAGGGCAUCACCCGGAUCGCGGCAAUCCGCAUCGUCGACGUCCACAUCGUCGCCGGGGUGCGCGUCGCGCGCCCGGAGCUCGAGGCGCUCCUCGCCGACGGCGUGGCCCGCAUCACGAUCGAUGAGACGCCGCUGGACGUCGCCGAUCUGGUGAUCGAGGUGACUUACCGGCCGGGUGUGCACGACCCGGCGGGCGGAACGCUGCGGGAGGUGGUGGAGCUGAUCGCCGCUCCGCUCCCGCACGCCGCGACGCUGCAGACGGCCCGCCAGUACCGGUUCCGGUUCGCCGGCACGGCCCCCACCGAGGUGGCCGGACGCCUGGCCGCGGCGCUGCACAACCCGCUGGUGCAGCAGGUCACCGCGAUCACCGCUCGGGCAUGGGGCCGGGGCGAGCGCCCGCCGGAGCACUACCCGAGCGCCGGCACCGAUCGCGCUCCGGGCGUCGAUCGGAUCGACGUGGCGGCGAUGGACGACGCCGAUCUGGAGCGGCUGUCGGCAGAGCGUCUGCUGGCGCUGUCGGCGGCGGAGCUUGCCGCCAUUCGCGCCCACGCCACCGAUCCCGCGGUGCGGUCGAGGCGGUGCCAAGCCGGGAUCGGCGCCGCCCUGACCGACGUGGAGCUGGAAAUGCUGGCGCAGACCUGGUCCGAGCAUUGCAAGCACAAGAUCUUCAACGCGGUCAUCGACCAUACCGAAGACGGCCGGACCGAGCGCAUCGUUUCGCUGUUCGACACCUAUAUCCGCCGCACGACCAUGGAGCUGGACGACGGCAGCGGAUUCCUCAAGUCGGUAUUCAGCGACGAUUCGGGCGUCAUCCGCUUCGAUGAGCGGACUUUGCUCUGUUUCAAGGCUGAGACGCACAACGCGCCUUCCGCGCUGGAUCCGUACGGGGGGGCGAUCACCGGCAUCGUCGGCGUCAAUCGCGACAUCAUCGGCACCGGGCGCGGCGGCAAGCCGAUCUUCAACACCGAUGUCCUGUGUUUCGCGCCGCCGUCCACCCCGGCGGGGGAGGUGCCCGCCGAGCUCAUGCAUCCGCGGCGGAUGCUGGCCGGGGUCCACCGCGGCAUCGUCGACGGCGGCAACCAGUCCGGGAUUCCGGUGGUGGCCGGCGCGUUCCUGUUCGAUCCGAGCUUCAUCGGCAAGCCGCUGGUCUUCUGCGGCACCGGCGGCGUGCUGCCGGCCGAGGUGGCGGGCGAGCCGGCCUGGCAGGGACGGGCGCGGCCCGGCGAUCUGGCGGUCAUGGUGGGCGGCCGCAUCGGCAAGGACGGUAUUCACGGCGCGACCUUCUCUUCCUUGGCGCUCGACGAGAGCUCGCCCACCUCCGCGGUUCAGAUCGGCGACCCCAUCGUGCAGCGGCGCGUGCUGGAUCUGCUGCUGGAGGCGCGGGACGCGGACCCUGUUCCACGGUAUCACCGACAACGGGGCGGGCGGCCUGUCGUCGUCGCUCGGCGAGAUGGCACGCGAGUCGGGCGGCGUGAGCAUAGACCUGGACGCAGCGCCGUUGAAGUAUCCGGGGUUGGCGCCGUGGGAGAUCCUGCUGUCGGAGUCGCAGGAGCGCAUGAGCCUGGCGGUGCCGCUUGA